GUUACUAAAACCAAAACCAGUUUUAGACGGUUGCAAUUUUCUUAGCAAGUUGCAAAGGAAUCGCUGAAGUUUUUUUUGCAGAGAGAGAUGGCUACAGUUUAUGCUGCAGUAACUUCUCUGAUGGGAACAAUACAACUGAUUUCACAAUCCACCUCAGACCUUCAGGAGGGUCACAGAGAACACUUGAAAUUACUCUACGACAAGGUUGGCUCUCUGCAAGAGCUUCUUGACACUAAUUCUGAUGACAAACCAAUGAAGGAUUUGCGAAAAAAGGUUAUAGAUCUAACACAUGAAGCAGAAGACGAAGUUGAAUCACAACUACGACUGGUUAUGGAGGAGGAUGAAGACGUUCAAAUAGAGGCGAAUGAGAGGCUUCUUGAGAACUUGCAACAAGUUAUAGAAGACAUCGAUUCUGUGAAGGAAGAGCUCAUCAAGCAGAGGAAGAAUAACAAUUUGCAAGCUGGAAAUCAUUCAGUUGGUGGUUCUAGCUCACCACUAUCGCAUGUUUCAGCCCUUGAGAACGAUGUUAUCUCUAUUGAAGAAGAGCGAAUGCGGGAUCAACUUACGAGAGGCUCAUCUGAACUGGAAGUCAUCUCUAUUGUUGGGAUGAGCGGCAUAGGUAAGUCAACUUUUGCCAGAAAGAUGUAUUCGGAUCCAUCAAUUGCUAGCUUCUAUGAUGUUCGUGGAUGGAUUACUGUGUCCAAGGACUACAGUAUAAGAAACAUGCUUCUAUACCUUCUUCGAGAUGCUAUUGGGAUGACAAAAGAGCUCGAUAAGAGAAGUGAUGGAGAACUAGCUGAGCGCUUGCGAAAACAUUUAAUGGCCAAGAGGUAUUUGAUUGUUGUGGAUGACAUAUGGAGCAUAGAAGCCUGGGAUGAUAUUAGACAAUGGUUUCCAGAAAACAGUAAUACAAGUCGAAUAUUGUUGACUACUCGUGACAUGAAAGUUGCUAGAUAUGCUAGCUCUCCUAAGGAUCCUUUUCCAAUGCGUUUCCUAGAGCCAAAGGAAAGUUGGAACCUUUUUUGCCAAAAGGCGUUUGCCCAAAAAGUUUGCCCGCUUGAGUUUGAGGAUGUAGCGAAGGAAGUGGUAAGAAAUUGCGAAGGAUUUCCACUAAUGAUUUCUGUGGUUGCAGGGACUCUCUUUAGCAAGAAGACACUGAACGAGUGGGAGGAAGUAGCUGAAAGUGUGAGCUCUUUUGCAGACCUUGAUGAUUAUCAACGUUGCUCAGGAGUGCUCGCUUUAAGCUAUAAUCAUCUUCCAUCAAAUGUGAAAGCUUGCUUUCUGUAUUUUGGAGUUUUCCCAAAAGCUAGGGAGAUUCCUGUGAAGAAGUUGAUUAGAUUAUGGGUCGCGGAAGGGCUCUUAGAGCUAAAGGGGGUUGAGGUAUUGGAAAAAGUGGCUGCAAAUCUUUUACAGGAGUUCAUUGAUAAAAGUCUAGUUGUUGUUAGCAAGCGAAGUUUGGAUGGAAAAAUCAAGACAUUUAGGAUUCAUGAUCUUCUCCAUGAUUUCUGCUUGAGAGAAGCAGAAGAAGAGAAAAUUUUGUAUGUUGCAAAUUCCAUGCUUUCUCAAGAACAUAGAAUGGUUUCAGAAAUCCCUCAAGGUCGUCGCUGGGUGUCAGUUCAUCCAGAUUAUGGUCAGUUUCCUCCCAUUCUUUUUGAUGAUCACUCAAAUCCUACCAUUCUUUUUGAUGAUCUUACACAUAGAAAAACACGUUCUCUUCAUCAUUCUUCCAACGAAAUAGUGCAGCGUCAUGAUUUAGGACUAGUCCAUUUCAAACUUCUAAGAGUAUUGGAUUUGGAGACAAUGAGAUUUGGUUUAUUCCCUAGUGAAAUAUUACACCUAGUUUCUUUGAGGUACUUGGCAGUGAUGGUUUCUAGUAUCCCAAAAGAUAUGACAAUUUCCAAUCUUUUGAAUCUACAAACUUUUAUUUUCCCUCAAUAUGUUCCAGAACUCAGCGGGACCAUAGAUUUACCAAUUGGAAUUUGGGAAAUGUCUCAACUGAGGCAUCUCUAUUCUACAAUGAUGUAUCUGUAUUCUCCUCCAAUGGUAUCGGCUAAUGAAGUUAGCUACCGCGUUUUGGAAAACUUGCAAAGUGUUUCCGGGUUGAGUCCUCGUUGUUGCACGGAAGAAAUAUUUGAAGCGAUUAAAAAGGUGAAGAAUUUGGGCAUUUCUGGCUCUGAAAACGAAUUUCAUAGUGAGCCUAGAUGCCUAGAUAAUCUAAUAUAUUUACAUGAGCUUGAGGCGCUAAGUAUUGUAUCAUACAGCCGUCAACCAGAUGGUUUGUUUCUUAGGCUUCCACAUCUGGAUUCUUUCCCACCAAAUCUCAAGAAGUUGACACUUCGCCGCACUUGGCUAUCAUGGGAGGACAUGACAAUCAUUAGCGAGUUGCCUGAACUCGAGGUGCUCCAAUUGAAAGAAGACGCCUUUGCAGGAAAUACAGUUUGGGAAGUAACAAAGGAGGGAUUUCCUAAAUUGAAAUUCUUGCUCCUUGAGGAGUUGGAUCUUGGUUAUUGGGUAGCUGAUGAUGAUUAUUUUCCAUGCCUUGAGCGCAUAAUUAUCAGAAAUUGCACGUACUUAAAAGAGAUUCCUCAAGGAUUUGCAGAUAGUACAACACUGCAGCAAAUAGAGUUACGUCGAUGCUCUCCUUCCCUUGUGACUUUAGCUGAGAAAAUCCAAAAAAAGCAAGAGGAGGAAAUUGGAAACAACAUCCUUAAAGUUUGUGUCUUCGAUACAAAAGAGUCAGACUCAGAGGUAGGUUAUGAGGAGACAGCAGAGGAAGAUAUUUAGAAGAUUUCAAAACAAGAUGUCAAGAAAUAGAGGAAGAUGAGCAAAUUGGUCGUGAGGUAUACUUAUGAGGAAAUGUGUUUGUUUUUCUUAAAGGGAUUGCUAAGGAAUUUGCAGAUAGUAUCAAACUCCUUGAGUUACAUAACUGUUAUCUCCCCCCCUACAAAUUCAACGAGGGCGAGCAAGAGCUGGCAAUGCUUUUGUAACUCGUGUUAUGCUUGUUUUUUCUCCGAGUUCUUGUUUCUACUGAAAGUAGUGAUGAUUUUAUUCUCAAAACUUAUCAAUAGAAAAAUAAACAGAAUACAUAGAGUUGCUGUAAUAAUAAUGCUAUGGGAUUUUAUAUUCAAAGUUUGCUUGUCUA